AUGGCGACGCCUGGUCAGCCGGAGGAGCACCAGAGUUUAUUGGCCGAUGUUGAGGUAGACGGACCUACGAGCGACGAAAACCCGAGCCGUGCGGGAAGAAACAGCACCGACAGUGUCUCCAGUGCAUCGACCACGAGUCUUGUGCUCGAAAACUUGAAUGAAUAUGGCGACUAUGCGGAGAAAGAGGGAUUCGUGGGGAAGGGCAGGAGGAGCUCGGGACAAGGCCGGCGGUCUGAAGGCCUGUAUCGAGACGAUGAGUCUGACCCGGAGAUCCCUCCAGCUCUCGCGCACGACGGCGACGGCGCAGGCCGCGGUCAUGACAUGACCAAGAGCCUGCGGCGCGCCAUAUGGGCUUGCGCUGUUAUUGCCGCUGUGGGAUGGGCACUUGCUAUUGCAGUGUUUCUAUUUUCGGGGAGGCACAAAACCGGUACCUACCAGUACGAUGACGAGAACCCACGGAUUGGAUCCGGCAAGAGGAUAACGCUAGAUCAGCUCAACAGAGGAGACUGGCAUAUGCAGACCGCGCCAAUCACAUGGAUUCCUGGACCAAAUGGUGAGGACGGACUGGUGGUGGAGGUUGGUGCCCGGGGAAAGGAUUACCUCGUGGUUGAAGACAUUCGGUCGCGGGCCAAGGACCGAUUGAAGGAGGGCGAGCAAGUCUUCGCGACAAGGACGCUCAUGAAAACUCGCGUUUUCAACUACAACAGUAAGACCUACACGGCCGAGUCAUUGGUGGUCAGUCCAGACAUGAAGAAGGUGCUGGUCAUGGUCAACAAGGAGAAGGUGUUCCGCCACAGCUCCACAGGGAUUCACUUUGUGCUGGACGUGGAGAAGCAGGCUUGGGAACCGCUGGACAUAGACAAACCUGACGCAAGGGUGCAAUUGGCCCAAUGGAGUCCCAAGGGCGAUGCGAUCGCCUUCACAAGGGACAAUAACCUGUUUGUGCGCAUGACCGACACAGGUGCCAUCAGACAGAUUACGGACGAUGGCGGAACAGAGUACUUCUACGGAAUCCCGGACUGGGUGUACGAAGAGGAAGUCUUCAGCGGCAACUCUGCGACAUGGUGGUCUCGCGAUGAUCAAUUUGUGGCCUUUCUGAGGACGAACGAGACCGCUGUGCCAGAGUAUCCGGUUGAUUACUACAUUCAGAGGCCGAGCGGGAAGCAGCCUGAGGAGGGACAGGAGUUCUAUCCGGAGACAAAGAAGAUCAAGUACCCCAAGGCCGGCGCACCCAACCCGGUUGUAGACCUGUUGUUCUACGAUGUCAAGAGAAACGAGCACUUUGAAGUCGAGGUCAGUGGUGGCUUCAGCGACGAAAAUCGACUCAUCACCAACGUCCUCUGGGCGGACGACGGAAAAGCCUUGGUUCAGGAGGCGAAUCGUGAAAGCGACCGCAUUCGGUACGUCUUGGUUGAUGUCGAGAAGCGGACGGGCAAGACUGUUAGAGAUAUUAAUCUCAAGGAACAGGAUCUUGGAUGGGUAGAGCCCGCUCAGCAAGUGCAGUACGUCCCCGCCGACCCGGACAAUGGACGGCCAAACGAUGGCUACAUAGACACUAUCGUCUAUGAAGGUUAUGAUCAUCUCGCCUACUACACGCCCAUCGACAAUGACAAGCCCGUCAUGCUCACAUCCGGCAAGUGGGAGGUCGAUUCUGGGACUGCCGCAAUUGACCUGAAGAACAACCUUGUUUACUUCAUCUCUACCGCCGUUGCUAUCACUCAGCGACAUCUCUACUCAGUCUCUCUAACCAAGCCCGCCAACUCCAUGCAGCCUGUCACUCCCGUCAAUUCUCCUGGAUAUUGGGCAGCCACCUUUUCGCCCCUUGCCUCUUACAUAUUCCUCACGUACGGUGGUCCAUCCAUUCCCUACCAGAUGGUUCAGUCUGCACCUCACAUCCACGAUGACUUCGCCAUCAUCCUCGAAGACAAUACACCACUGGCGCAAAUGGCGGCGACGCACGAGCUUCCUCAUCUGAUCUAUACCAACGUCACGAUCAACAACUUCACACUCCAGGUCCUCGAGCGGCGCCCACCACAUUUUGAUCCCAAACAUCAAUAUCCCGUCGUCUUCUACCAGUAUUCUGGACCGGGUAGCCAAUCUGUCGCACGCAAAUUCAGUGUUGACUUCCAAGCCUACCUCGCGGCAACAGAGAAUUACAUUGUCGUGACUGUCGAUGGACGAGGCACAGGUUUCUCCGGACUUGACCACCGUAAGGUCAUGCGCGGACACUUCGGUACCGUGGAACCUGAGGACCAGAUCGCCGUUGCGAAGCUCUUCGCCAAGAAAGACUAUGUGGACUCUGAACGCAUGGCUAUCUGGGGUUGGAGCUACGGAGGCUAUACAACGCUGAAGACUCUCGAAGUCGAUGCUGGAGAGACCUUUCAUUACGGCAUGGCAGUUGCUCCUGUCACCGACUGGCGAUUCUACGACAGCAUAUAUACGGAGCGGUACAUGCUCACCCCGGAAGACAAUGGCGAAGGCUAUGCUCGUGCUGCGGUUAGCAAUGUCAGCGCCAUCAGCCAAAAUGUCAGAUGGCUCAUCAUGCACGGUACAGGUGACGACAACGUGCACAUGCAGAACACGUUGACGCUGCUGGACAAGUUCGAUCUUGCAGGGGUCGGGAAUUAUGAUGUCCAUGUCUGGCCGGACAGUGAUCACAGCAUCUACUUCCACGGUGCAAACAAGCUGGUGUGGGAGCGACUAAGCGGUUGGCUGGAGAAGGCGUUCGCUGGAGACUACUAUCCCAAGGUUGAUGGCGUAGUCGAUGGGAACGGGUCUCGGUGA